UUUUUAUUUAUCUUGAAUAUUUAAUCUUGUAUCAGACGGCUAGACAGGUAUACAAAUACAUAAAUAAUUUAUUAUAUAUAAUUAAAUUUAAAAAAAUGAAAUAUGUCUGAGGGAUUUAUACAUUCGGUAAAAGUUCCACGGCUUUAUAAAACGGCCUCUAGUACCGUUAAAAAAAUAGUUGAACGCAAAGCCAGUUUGAAAGAAUUAGUUUAUGAACGAAAACACCCGAAUGUAAAAGCACUUUAUGCUCUCGCUGCAACGACACUGCAACAUUCAUCUCAAUUAACUCAAUUACUUGAAAAAACUCAAUUACUGAAAAAAGAACCACGAUUGGAUCAAUGGUUAGCACGUGUCCUAAUAACCGAACUAAUAUGGGGAAAACAAGUCUUACAGUCCGACGCAAAACCAAUUUUGACAAUCAAAAAUUACGAAAAUCAAUUACGAGAUGAACUAAAACACACUACCGAUAUUAAAAAACCAUUCACGAAAGUGGGUAAGCCACGUUAUGUACGAGUCAAUACGCUCGUGAUGACAGUCGAUGACGCAAUAAGAGAAUUUAUAAAUGAUGGGUUUACUUUAUUACCGAAAAGUCAAAAUUAUCAGUCAUAUCUCGAGUCACUGGAAAGUUUAAGCGGUUACUCGUUUAUUCAAGAUUUUCAUUUACGCGAAUUAUUUGCUUUUGCUGCUGGUACGCAUUUUUAUGAUCAUGAUGGAUAUAAAUCUGGCGCCAUUGUCCUUCAGGAUAAGGCGAGUUGUUUACCAGCUCAUUUAUUAAAUCCACCAACUGGGUCAGUUGUUUUGGACAUGUGCGCAGCACCUGGUAUGAAGACAACCCAUUUGGCAGCGAUCAUGCAAAAUGAAGGGAAAAUAUAUUCCGUUGAAAGAAACGAGCGUAGAUAUCAAGUACUUUGUGAUCUGAUACAAUCAUCCGGUGCCAAUAUCGUGACGACAAUAAAUGCCGACUCAUUGACAAUUGACUCAACAAAAUAUCCUGACAUCGAAUAUAUUCUAGUAGAUCCCAGUUGCUCUGGUUCGGGGAUGGACCGUCCAGAACUCAACGAAUCUUCUGGUAUAUGCGAGCCAUCGCGUCUUAAAAGUCUGCAAUCAUUCCAAGUAUUUUUAUUGCGUCACGCGUUAUCUAAUUUUCCGUCAGUUAAACGGAUUAUUUACAGCACGUGUUCAAUUUUUGCUGAAGAAAACGAAAUGGUUAUCGAUGAGAUUAUAAAUGACAUCGGCGAUGCCUAUAAAUUGGUACCGGUUAAAAAAUUACUGAACAAUGAGUGGAUUAAUUACAGUUCUGUUGAGUUCAAUUGCAAAGACAAUUGCCUGUAUGCGAGACAAAAUGUCGAUUAUUGCAAUGGAUUUUUUGUUGCUGUUUUCGAACGUAAUUUUGAUGUUCCGCUUCCGGAUUUUAAAAAACACAAGACUGGAAUGAAAGUUGAGGAGCGGGUGGAUACUGAGAGCGAUAGUAAAAAAUUUGAUAAUAAGGAAAAGAAGAAAGGAAAAAAUAAAAGGAAAUUUAAAAAUUUUGAGGGAGAGACUGAGGAACUAGAGAAAGAAUUUAAAAUUAAUGAGAGUGGAGAGAAGAAGAAAUCGUUGGAUGAAGAUGAAAAAUUGGAGGUGAAGAAUGAUGUUGGAGAUGAAAAAAAUUGUGAGCGGAAGAAGAAGAAGAAGAAGAAGAAGAAGAAAUUAUUGAGUGAAGCGGUAGAGGUGGAGGCUGAAGCAAAGUUUGAAGUUAAUGAAGAAGAAAAUGAUGGAGAAAUUUGUGGUGAGAAGAAGAAGAAGAGAAAAAAUGAAGAAGCUGAAGAAAAGUCGGAAAUUAAUAGAGAAGAAAAUAUUAAGGAAAUCGGUGGUAAGAAAAAGAAGAAGAGAAAAAAUGGAGAAGCUGAAGAAAAAAUAGAAAUUAAUGGAACAGAAAAUAAUGAAGAAAUCGGUAGCAAGGAAAAGAAGAAGAGAAAAAAUGGAGAAGCUAAAGAAAAAAUGGAAAUUAAUGGAGAAGAAAAUAAUGAAGAAAUCGGUGCUAAGAAAAAGAAGAAGAGAAAAAAUAAAGAGAUGGAAAUCAAUAAUGAAGUUGAUAACGAAAAAGUUAUCAAGAAGAAAAAAAAAGAAAAUUAAGUGAUAAAUAAUUGUAACAUUUGACAAAUGAUUUUGUAAAUAAUAAAGAGAAUAAAAAUAAAUUUUGUUAACAAAAAGAUUUUUUAAACAAGACCCAGAAUUUGAAC